AGAAAAAAAAAAAAAAAAACCUUUUCGAGGUUUACAGUAAGUCUUCUAAAACUCUAGGCAAUCGGGGCCUUCCUUUCCCUCGCCAAUGGGCAAUGGCGACUUCCAUGAUCCUACUUUCCCACCUCCGUCCUUCCGGUCGUCUCUCCACUCUCUCUCUCGCGCGUGUCUCUCACCUCCCUUCCCUCCCGGCACCUCUAUCUCACCCCUACUUUUCGCCGUGCCUCUGUCCAUUCGCCCCUUCCAUCGCUCGAUCCUUCUUUUCUUCGGCCGAUAACGUUGAAGAAUCAAUCCUUCCGGUUCGUGCGAUCGUUUCGUUGCUUGAUGGUUACCAUAAUCUCACUGGCUUCCCUUGGUGGAUUACUAUUGCAACUGCCACUGUGGGUAUGCGAUUUGCAUUGUUGCCAGCAGUUAUUAUUCAUCUUCAGAAGUUGAAAAGGAUUGGAGAGUUAGGUCCUAAAUUGCCUUCUCCAUUGCCAUCAACUAUGUCAGGAAGAAGUUACAUAGACCAAAUUUUACAUUUCCGGAAGGAAAGAAAGGCAAUUGGAUGCCCUUCAUUUUUAUGGUUUCUUGCUCCCUUCUUCACUCAGGUCCCGUGCCUUCUUUUAUGGGUGACCAGCAUUCGCAGAAUGUCAUUGGAUAAUCAUCCUGGGUUUGAUAGUGGUGGUGCAUUAUGGUUCCAAAAUUUAACUGAACUUCCUCACGGUGUUUUAGGCCCUAUCUUUCCGUUUCUGAUUGCUAGUUUGCACUACAUCAAUGUUCAGAUUUCUUUUGGGACAUCUUCAGUUAAGAAAGCUGAUCCGCUCUUGGCGAAAGUUUACAAGUUCUAUUUGGAUUUUCUGACAUUGCCCUUUUUUGGUAUCGGUUUCUUGAUUCCCCAGGGAAGUCUAGUCUACUGGGUUACCAAUAGUUCACUAAGUCUUAUUCAGCAAUUAACCCUCAAACACCCUGCUGUUCGUGCAAAGUUGGGCUUACCAGAUAAGGAUGCUCUUGCAACAGUUGAAAAUUCUGAAGAAAGUAGUACAGCAGGAACACCAUCUGUGGAGCCACCCUCAAAGCAACGCAGAAUUGCUGUUCAAAACUUAAGUCCUAAAGAACUGCUUGCACUUUCAAUCAAACACUUGUCACGAGAGGAAAAAGAUCUAGCAAUUUCAUUGCUAAAAUUGGCCCUUGACAAAGAUCCUGAACAUGUAAAAGCUAUGGUUGUCAUGGGGCAGACUCUAAUGCAAAAGGGACUGCUGGUGGAGGCUAGUGAAUAUUUAGAGCAUGCCAUUUCAAAGCUCUCUCUCUCUGGCCAUCUGACAGAAGUUGAGGAUGUUGAUCAUUUAAUUCUAUCAUCUCAAUGGGCUGGUGUUGUCUAUAUGAAACAGGGUAAGAAGGCAGAAGGACUUGCACACCUGGAAAGAAUUGCAAAUUUGAAAGAGCCGGAGGAUCCCAAGAGCAAAGCUCAUUACUUUGAUGGAUUGUUGUUGCUCUCAAGUGCUCUUCUUGACUCAGGGCGUAAGGCUGAAGCAUUAAAGUUUUUGCGCUUAGUUGUUGCUUAUAAUCCUAAUUAUAACUAUUUAUUGGAAGAAGUAGAGAAUGAAGAAGAUAAUUUUGCUAGCGAUCUUGUUAACAGUAGGAGACGAGAUUACUGAUUUUUUCCACAUAAUUGUAUCAUUAUUUGAGAUGUAUUCAUUUGUUUGUUUGAUUCUCCAUAAUUGAAUUAUAGAAUAAAGCCUCAGCCAAGUAGGCUGCCCCCUGUAUGUUUAGCACCAGCAAUUUUGGGGACCAUAUUUUCUGUCUUCCAUAUAUUCAAUGCUAGAAAAAUUUUUGGUGGCCGUACGAAA